AUGCCAUCGGAAUCAGCCGCAGCGCCUGCCCGCCCUGGUCAAGCCCACGCCCAACAUGCCGUCGGCAGUGGCUCCGCCGCCGCACCCUCCGCCUCGUCAUCAUCAUCUGCGCCGUCGUCGGCUGGGCCGAGGCAGGCGGCAUCCACCCGAAACCUCAACCGCCUCGCCCGCGGCAAUGCCGCCCACGCGCUGCGCUCCAGAGCCUCGCUCGAGUCCGAUGGGAUGGUGUCCAACAGCGACGACAGCGCCUCGCUUGGUACCAUCCAGCUGCCGCGCAGGCAGCCCGUCUUCACCGCCCCGGCGGGCACCGCAGCCACUGCCCAACAUCAGACGCAGCGGCAGCAGCGGCACCCGCACGCCCACGAGCAGCACUUGGCGACGACCGUAGAGCAGCAGCAGAGGCAGUCGAGCGGCAGCAGCCGACGCGGCCCACCCGCACCGAACGAUAGCCCCAGCCACCACGUCUUCCGCGGUGCAAAGCUGCUCAACGUCAACAACCCGGCCAGCGACAGGCAGCACCAGAGUCACAACAACAGCAACGGCCGCCCCUCGUCGCGCAUGUCGAACGUCUCCAACUCGAGCUUCAACAACUUUGACAGCCCGAAACCGAGGCAGCUGGCCAAGCUCGUCUCGGAAGCUGCGCCGGCCCGCUCGUCGCCGCCCCAGACGCCAAGGACAAGCCAGGCGCUCGCACCGGGCAUGAACCCGGACGGCAGCCACAGCGUCAUCCGCAACGACGACGAUGCCAACAACAGCGGCCUCCUCGACCUCAGCCCCGUCCUCACCAGGCUGGGCAAGCGCCCCUCCAAGGCGGCGGUGCUCGGGACACCCGGCAGCAUCAAGUACGCAACGCCGACCCACCUUCCAACGCGCCUGGGCAGGCCAGACUUUCGGCUACCUGCCGACGCGGCGAGAUCAGCGCUGCGCGAUGCUGCCUCAAUGAAGGCGGAGGCCGCCACUGGCAUGGUCGACGACGAGGCCAUCAAGCAGGCGGACGAGAGCAUCCUCGACCCGCAGUACCGCGAUGCCGCCGCCGCCGCCUCCUUCGCAGCAGGCAAUCACGUACCAGCACAAGAUUCUGGUCGCGCAGCAAACGUCGACAGAGGCGCGGGCUUCGACGACGAUGCCGAUGCCGAUGCCGAUGCCGAUGCCGAUGCCGAUGCCGCCGCCGACGAGUACGCCGAAGAUGAAGAUUUUGAUCCGGACUUUAGCGAGACGCUCAAUCGCCUCCGGCGGUGGCGCCACGACGCGAUGCAGCAGCACCUCUACGAGACGGCCAUCUUCUGGGGCGACAAGAUCCUCUCGCUCGAAACAUCGACCGCGGCCUACAACGACGCCUACCACCUCGCCCAAUGCUACUUCUAUACUCACCAGUACGCGCGGGCCGAACACCUGCUUACCAAUCCGCUGCGGACGGGCGCAUCGAGGCAUGCCGCGGCGCAGCUGGCCAGAUCUCGGGCCGAGUUCGACCAGGUCAAGCUGGCAAGCGCAGGUGCACCUUCGGCGCCCCUCGCGUCCGAGGCCGGCGAAGAGGGCGAUGCUCUGCUUGAUGCAUUGGCUGCGACACGCUCGCAGACGCAGCUGCCAGCCUCGAUCUUGGCCCGUUCCUCGACCAAAGGAUCGGUGUAUUCCGCGUCCACGGGAGGGAAGCGGAAAGAGCGCGGCUUUACCACGAGUGCCACCGGGUCGGCCUCAUCGGACAACGAGAGCGCAAGCGGCAUCGAUGACGAAGCUCGUGGCGGUCGUAUCCCGAACGGCCGCGCAAGGGGCACAGGCCUCAGAGGUAGCGGCAAGGCUGGGAACAAUGCAAGCGGCGGAACGAGCACCGGCAGUGCCAGCGGCAGCGACGGUAUGGAUGCGGAUGGCGACCCUGAGGUUGUCGAUGCUAACGGUUCAGUCGUCAUCAGGCCGCUCCGACGCUCUCGUGCCGGCAACGGGAAAGCGGGAGCUGCGCGGCAGGCGGGCGCUCGGGACGAGGAAGAGGCCGAGUCGGAACUUGACGAAAUCGAUGCCGACUUGAUCGAGGUCAAGGACAAGGAGGCGCCGCCGCCAGACGGCCCAAGCCUCGUAAACCAUAGCCUGGCGUGUCGGUAUUUGGCGGCGCAGUGCCAGGUGCGCCUCGGCAAGUAUCACGAGGCGCUUGACUUGGUCGGCGACAGCUCACAGUGGGCCGGUGCCGCCGGCAACAAGCGCCCGUCUUCGGACGGCGGCAUCAAGCUGGGCUCGACCGUGGCCUUCCUGCGAGGUCAGAUCUACCUGCGCCUCGAGGACCUCGCGCGCGCGAGGGACAGCUUCAUGACGGCCCUCGCUCUCGACGUGAAAAACUACGAGGCCUUUUCGGCGCUCAUCGACGGCAACAUGCUGGGCGUGGACCAGCAGUGGAGCUUCGUCCAGGGCCUCGAAUACCUCGCCCAAGCCGGCGACGACGAGGGCGCCGCCGAAGAUUUCGAGUUCAUCCGGCUCGUCUACACGACCCGGCUCUCGAAGCAGGGCAAGACCUACGCGCUCAACACGGCGGCGGCGCGGCGGCGGCUGGCAUCAGAGUACGGCCUCAGCAACAACCCAGACGUGCUGCUCGGCCUGGCCGAAGAGCUCUUCUCGAGGCUCCGGUUCGCCGACGCCUUCAACGUGACGAGCCGCAUCCUCGAGCUCGCGGCAGACCAUCCGGGCGCGCUGCCCAUCCACAUCGCCUGCAUCUACCACCUCAAGAACCUGCGGCCGACGCUCUUCAUGCUGGCCCACCGCCUGACUGAGCUGGACCCCGAGUCGCCCAUCUCGUGGUACGCCGUCGGCACGUGGUAUGCUACGACGCGGCGGUGGGCCGAUGCGCGCCGCUACUUCAGCAAGGCCUCGUUGCUGGAUCCGCGGUUUGCGCCGUCGUGGAUCGCGUUUGGACACACGUUUGCGAUGGAGGGCGAGUCGGACCAGGCCAUCACGGCGUACUCGACGGCGUCGCGCCUCUUUCCGCAGUCGCACCUGCCGAGGCUCUUCAUUGGGAUGGAACACCUGCACCAGGGCAACAUCAGCCUAGCGAGGCUGUCGCUCGAGGGCAGCGCGCAGAUCUGGGACGACGAUCCGCUGACGGCCAACGAGCGGGGCGUGGUGGCAUACCAGGCGAACGACCUCCCAACUGCCAUCUCCUUCUUCCGGCAGGCACUGCGCCUCGCGGAGAAGACGCAGGAGCCGGCAUCGGCGUGGAUGGGCACCCACCUAAACCUAGGGCUGGCCUACCGGCGCGCAGAUGCGGACGAAGAGGCGCGCAAAUCGCUCUUGAUCGUGACCGAGCUGGAUCCGCACUGCUACCUCGCCAAGCUGACGCUCGGCAUGGUGGCGCACAAGCUGGGCGACCUCGAGGAUGCGAUCGGAUGGUACCACGAGGCACUGUCCAUAAACCCACGCGACCAGUAUGGCACGGACCUGCUCGACUUUGCGCUCGAGGAGAAAAUCUCGAGUGGCAUCGCGACGUUCACCGAGUCGCUCGACCCGGAGAACCGGCUGGCGCGCUCUCGUGCCGCUGCCGACGGCGGCGAUGGCACUCCGACGGAUGGGGCCACGAUGUCGACGUCGUCGCCUUCCAAGGGCAAAGCGCGGCACCUCUCUCCGCGCGACACGACGCCGUAUCGCGGGACAGCGGCGCCCUACGGCGACCAAGCCGGCACCACCGACCCUCGUCUGUGCCCCAUAGCGACACCGCAGAUCCGCUUCGACUCGCCCUCCCUCUCUCGAUCAGCUUCGCAGUCGCACGUGGCCCGCACGCCCGGUGCAGCGAACAGGACGCGGCAGAUUGGCGAGCUGACGACGGCCGAAAUGAGCCUCGACAUGUCGAGCGCCUCGUCGUCGGUCUACCGCGGCGGCGAUGCGUCCAUCGCUGCUCCUCGCGCCGCCGCUGAUCAGGGUUAUGGCGACGGCGGCCUCGACGGCGACGGCGAUGGCGAUGGCGACGAUGACGGCGACCGCGACCACGACCGCGACGAGGUCGGCGGAGGCGAAGUUUCGAUGGACACCAACGCGGAGCCCUCGGGAUAUGGCGAGACGAGCGCCAUGGACGAGGAGAGCUUCGAGUAG